AUGGACGCACUCAUCCGCAAGCUCGGUGUCGAAUGGACAUUCCAGAUCAAUGGGAUCCUGAUUCUUACCACUGGUCUACCAGCAGCUUGGAUGAUCCAAGAAAGAGCACCUGUUAAAACUACGAAUUUCGUGGAAUGGAGUCUUUUCAGAAACAUUCGUUUUACAACCCUCUUCAUCGCUGGAGCAAUCGCAACAUUCCCGCUCUUCGUCCCUCCAUUCUUCCUCCCUCUGUACAGCUCUUCCUUGGGACUCUCAUCGUCAGCUGGAGCAGGUCUGGUAGCAGGCUUCAACUUUUCAUCAGCAAUUGGACGUCUUGUCUGUGGAUUCCUCUCAGAUUAUAUCGGUCCUGUCAACACGCUUUUCAUUUCGUUGAUUCUGAGUGCGUUGAGUAUGCUAGUCAUCUGGCCGGUAUCAAACUCGCUUGGUCCUUUGAUACUUUUUGUGAUCAUCAAUGGUGCCGCCAAUGGAGGAUUCUUUAGCACCAUGCCCACUGUUGUGGGGAGUGUCUUUGGAAGUCGGAGGGUGGGUGUUGCGAUGGGAAUGAUUGUGACUGGCUGGGCUGGUGGUUAUCUGAUGGGAGCUCCAAUUGCUGGGUAUCUUUUGGCGGCCUAUGGUGGUGAGCACAGCACUUUGAAAGCAUACCAUCCAGCAAUAUUCUAUGCUGGAUCGAUGGCUUUGGGUGCUGCUGUCUUGGUAGGUGCUGUUAAGGUCAUGCUCAACAAGAGCCCCUUGAAGAAGCUAUGA